CCGGCGUGAAUCGACAAGGAAGCGUAGCUCGCACGGCCCGUCGCUGCUUCGAUCGCUGAUACUACCGUCCACCUGACGUUUUCUUUCACUCGCCGGAUCGCGGUCGUGUGUUUUCUGGAGUGUUUUAAUAAAAAGCCUCAAUGGAGUCUCGUGGGAGGAGAGAGCAGCCGCUGAAGACGAACAUUCGAGUUUAAGCUCAACCAGUGAGACGAAAUUCACAGCUCUUCCAGUAUGGAGCUCAGCAGACUGGUGACUUUCUGGAUUGUGUGUCUAUGCUGCUUGUGGAAAUGUCGGGCGGACAAAUUCAAUUCAGUGAGCACAGAACCGCCACCACUGGACAACGGUGUGUCGGAGCUCUGCCGCAUCGAUGAACCCCUGUGCCAGGAUGAGAACGCCAUCCUCAGCUUUGAGGCCAUCUGCAGCAUUCACAAGCAAAUGGAUGAUGAUGCCAAUGGAAACGUGGAUGUUUCGGAGACUGACGGGUUUUUAAGAGAGGACCUUAACUACAAUGACCCCAAAGCCAAACACAACAGUUUUCACGGUGACGAUCAGUUCAUCAGCGUUGAGGACCUGUGGAACGCCUGGAAGAGUUCAAAGGUGUAUAACUGGACUGUAACUGAAGUUGUGGACUGGCUCAACGACUACGUCGAGCUGUCGCAAUAUGCGGAGGCCUUCAGCAAAUGGAACUUAAACGGUACCGCCAUGCCCCGUUUGGCUUUGAAGAACGUCACUCUAACACAAACAGUCCUGAAGAUUCUGGACCGGAGUCACGCUCAGAAACUGCAGCUGAAGGCGUUGGACACGGUUCUGUUUGGAGCUCCUAUGAUGAACAGACACAACCAUCUGAAGGACUUCAUGCUGGUCGUGUCUAUCGUCAUUGGGAUGGGAGGCUGCUGGUUCGCGUACAUCCAGAAUCGACACUCUAAAGACCACAUGAAGAAGAUGAUGAAUGACCUCGAUAGUCUCCAGAGGGCUGAGCAAAGCCUCGACGACCUCCAGCAGAAGCUGCAGAUCGCUCAGGAAGAGCAUCGCUCGGUGGAGGUGGAGAAGGUGAACCUGGAGCAGAAGCUCAGAGACGAGAUCAAUGCUGCCAAACAGGAGGCGCAGAGGCUGAAGGGGCUCCGGGAGGGAACCGAAAAUGAGCUCAGCCGACAGAAGUAUGCCGAGGAGGAACUUGACCAGGUACGUAUGGCUCUGAAGAAAGCAGAAAAGGAGCUGGAGUCUCGCAGCAGUUGGUCUCCUCCAGGAGCUCUGCAGAAGUGGUUACAGCUCACUCACGAGGUGGAGGUGCAGUAUUACAACAUCAAGAAACAGAACGCAGAGAGACAGCUGCAGGUGGCCAAAGAGGGGGCAGAAAAGAUCAAGAAGAAAAGAAACACUUUGUUCGGGACGUUUCAUGUGGCACACAGCUCUUCACUGGAUGAUGUCGAUCACAAAAUACUGGCAGCUAAGCAGGCACUGGGUGAGGUCACUGCAGCCCUGAGAGAGAGACUCCAUCGCUGGCAGCAGGUUGAGAUGCUGACGGGCUUCUCGCUGGUCCAUAACCCAGGCUUACCCUCUCUGGCCUCGGCCCUCAACCUGGACCCAAGCUUCAUGGGCGGCCGCGGGACACCCCAGCACUUUAUGUCUGAUGACAUGGAUGACAUGGACGAGGACAUAGUGGCACCAGGAACCCUGCAAUCUCCCAGUAUGAUGUCACUCCGUCAACGGCACAUCGACCCGCAGCUGGCCCUGGGCUCUCAGAGGUUGGUAGAGAGUUGUCACGGGCAGGAAGGGGAGGGUAGCUCAUACAGAUCUAGGGCGGCGCUGCGGCAGACACUCAGCCAUUCGUUCGGGCAGUCCGAGGCUCUGGGAAUGCCUCCGCUUUCUUCUGCUGUAUCUCAUCCCGCCAUCUUCUCCGCCUCAUCAUCGCACCUUCCACACUCCUCCUUCCACGCUGCCGCCUCUCAUUCGUCCCACUAUCACUCCACACAUUUCCAGCCCAUGGACACCAUCCCAGACCUCCCGUACGAGACCAGCCCUCAGCGCACCCGCCGUUCCGGUAGCUUCGGGGACCUCAACCGCUCUGACUCCGAUUCCUCCCUCUGUAUAUCCCAGACCGGCGAACAACUACGUCUAUCCUACAGUUACAAAUCCUUCCCCGUGAAGCCCACCUCCCUCCUGCACGGCCCCCAGUCGCGGUCUGAGGAAGGCGCCCACUCUCAAACACCCAAUGGAGGCAACCGCGUCCAAGACGGAGGCGCUUCUCCUGACGGAGUCCCUGACAGUCCCAUAUUAAUGAAGAAGAUAUCCAGCUUUGAGAAAUCCGCCAGCAUGAGCGAGAUCCAAGGCUCGCAGAUGGCGAUGUCCAUGUCGGAAUCCUCGCGCUCCCUGAGCCCGAACUCCACCGAACCCGACACGCCGCCACCCACCGGACAGACUGGCGGGAAGGCAGGAAGUCGCAUCCCUCAGAUAUCUUCAAAAAAGAGCCCCCUAGAGGAGGACACUGGUUCUACAGGUGAAGACACUGAUUCCAGCCGCAAGAAACAUUUGCACACCUUCAAGAUCUUCAAAAAACAGAAGAAAUAAGGACAGAACUGGACACCUGUGUCGUUUUCCCUGUUUCUUUUCGUCGUAUUGUUACUAUGAAUGUUUUGAUGAUUUUUUUCUUCCCUUCAGUCAGAAGUUACGGCACAACAAAAUCCUUUACGAGGUCUUCGUAGAAACAUUGUUUAUCAGAGGAGCUUUAGGAUGAAUAGCAUGAUCUGUUUGGGCGGAAACAGGUUGGACUGUUUUUUUGAUAGGGCUUGCAUUGCAUUAUUUAUUCAGCAGGAGUCAGUGCCAGACUUUCCAAAGGAUUCUUCCCUCCGAUGGACUUUUCUUUCUUUGUGAAAUCUGUAUCAGUUUGCAUGUCUUCGCCUUUGUUUGAUUGAACUUUGAAUGCUCCUAGAUGUUUGCUUGGUUCUUGUUCCCCUUUGCUUAAACUCAAUAACCUGGUUCUUUUGUUUCUAUCAGCACACUCUCUCCUUUGAGGUUAAAACAAAUCGUCUGAACGUUUUAUGGUACUCCUCGGUGAGUGUUCGUCAAUGGUGAAAACUGUAAAAGGGCUGAACUGUCGGUGUGAAACCCCCUUAAAUGUGUUGCACUAUUUUUGAAUGACGAUGCAUUGGUUUGGUGAAAAGGAAAUGUAGAAAACGUGCUGGAAGACGUGCUAAAACGUUUACACAAGUCAAGCCACUGAACGCAUCUCCACGGCUUCAGGGAUUUCUGGGAUGUGACGGAAAAAAAUCGAUUUGAAAAUUUUAGAUCUUUCCAAAUCAUUUUGAUAAUACAAAGGUGGUUUGUGAAUAUGCACAUGAAUGUUUCUAUGUGAUUGUUUCACUUUUUUUUCUUUCAUUAAAACCCUUGCAGUGAUUUCAUGAAAUAAAAAAUAGUCUCAAUGUAAAAACAAAAAGAGCUCAAAGAACUAAAUGCUACAAUUUUGACUUAAAGGGACAGUUCACCCCAAAGUGAAAAUUCUGUCAACGUUUACUCCCCUUCUUGUUAUUUUAAACCUUUGACUUUAUUUAUUUUGAAAAACACAAAAGAAGAUAUUUUGAAAACUGUUCGUCCCAGUUGACUUCCACUGUGUGAACACAAAGCAGAUGCAAGUCAGUGGCGACCAACGGUUUUCUCGUACCGACAUUCUUCAAAAUAUAUUAUUUUGUGUUCUGCAGAAGAAAGCAAGCCUCGCAGGUUUGAGUUGUCAAGAGGGCGAGUAAAUGAUGACCGAGUUUUCGUUUUGGGGUGAUAGAUCCCUUUAAAUUACACAGAUCUCAAGAGAACUGAAGAAUAUCUUUCCGUCUUCUAAGUGCCAAAGCAAAGCUCAUCACAAACUGUCCAGUUCUGAGGCUUUGGCGUAUCGUAAAAUUAUUUUAUUUACCUACACACUUUCUAAAAAGGUGCCGACUGUCCAAAUUCUGGUAGACCCUACGUCUUGUUACGUCAUCUUUGAAAGAACUGGUAUUUUGUUCUUGUUGAUGGUGCUUUGAAUUAGAUCAUACAAACCAAUUCAUUCAACCCACAUCCUUCAUUUUAUUGGUGCUCUUUUAUAUUUUUUGAACGCAGGCUGCAGACAGUUGCUAUUACGAACGACUUGCCUUUAGACAUAUGGGUUUUACCACUGUGCAUUUUAAGAAGAAUAAGAGAUGUUCUCUGUUCUUCCUGCGGUUUACAUGAUGUUUACUAAGAUAAGCAUCAUCCUUAUCUUUAAAGAGCACUGAAAAUGACAAGCACACUUUCCAAGGGAAAGGGGGGUAAAAGACCUUAUGGGAUGUCACUAUGCAUUCGUUUUUUUUACCCACAGGUUCUAAAGUAAAAAUGUCUCCACAAACCCAGAGACAAACCAAAUUCAUCAUCUUCUAAUUCAUCAAUUCAAUACAUGAUCUGUUCCAUCGUUUCUUUCAUGAAAAAUGGUAAAAGAUGGCAUAGAAAUAUCAACCACCAGUUUUGAUGGGCAUAAACCGUGCGGAUGUGUUUGUUUCAUCUGUGUGCCUAUUGCACGAAGCCGCUGUUAAACCUGUGAGUGUGUCUGUGCGUGCGCAUCGGUCUGGUCCAGUAAACCGCACUUCGCUGUGUUGAUGCAUGUUCUCAAAAACGGACGGGGCAGAGACGCGAGCCGUUUUGACUCUGGCCCCCUGUCAACUUUCUCUGAGCUAUUUAUGACUAUAAUCUACAGAGAGAGGCGAAAAGAAAAAAAUAUUUUGCAUCUUCUGUAAUGUUCAAAACUGUAGUCUUCACGUUUUAUGGCACUCCUGCAUGAAAGCAAUAAAAAAAGUUAUAAAACUA